AUGUCCGCCUUCACGGCCCUAAAUGUCGAACCUGAAGACACCUUUCAAGAGGAAGUCGAUGACACGCGAGAGAUCCAGCUCGAGGAAGCCUUCAAACUCUAUCAAAAUGCACUGAAACUUCAUUCUCAGGGUCCCGACUAUUUCCAAGAAGCUGAGGACGCAUACGACGAACUUCUGAAUUCCGAAGUGUUCAAAUAUCCAGAUGUUGUUUCGGACUUUCAGCACGACGAAAUCGACGAUGAUACGAUAGUCAUUACCGCGCAGACAGACUCUGGUGCACUAUCUCUGCUUCCGAACAGUGCUGCUGAAUCCUCCGCAAGUUCCAUUCCUCAGCUUCUUUACCUCGCCUUCAAGAACAGAGGCCAAUUUCUCCUGGACGUUGCACGCCACCAGGUACCAGAUCGCAGAGGGACUCGCUCCGAGCUUUGUCACUACUACGCCACGUCCAGCAAGGAGAGCCUCAGGCAAUUCGCGCAAGCUCUUGAGCGUGAUGACACCGAUCUUGACUCGUGGAAGAAAGCUGCACGUGUGGCAGAUGUUCUGUCUACCCAGCGCAUCGCACGAUUCUGCUUGGAGAGCGUCCUCGCUGGUGAAGAUGAGGAUGGCGAACAAACAAUCGACUUAUCGGGUCUUGACGAAGCCUUUGCAGCUGGCGAGCUUGAGGAGAUGGUCAACCUGGUACAGGAUGACAUGAGCCGCCUUCAGAGUUCGGAUGCAAGACCCAAGGAUAAGCUUUUGAGUGUGUUGAAGAAAUCAAAUGACCCAUACCCAUUCCUACCGAAGCACGCAUCGACUCUUGAAUAUCUGGAUGAUAGGUAUCGUCCUCUAAGCUUCGCGGUGGCUCAACUCACUUUACAACCAGUCUCACCCGAUCUUUACUCUCUGGGAAAGAAGAUUUCCGAAACCAUGAAAAAUAUUCAAGAUGCCACUGGUCCCAGUAGCGCUGCUACCGUAAAAAUAGACUUGAACAUGACAGAUCACGAAGUCGACAUGGCAACGACAUCAGAGGUCGUGGGGAAGGAAGGCGUCGUCGCCGGCUCCGGUCUGGUGGACAUAUCGCAGAGUCCUGAACUACAUUCGAGGGAGAUAGGAACCCAGCUCGAGCCACCCCCCGAGAAGGAAUCACCGCAGGAUCCUGUGACUGCUGAUUCGGGCGAGACGCGACUGCGAGAGAACGAACAGAUGAACGGCUUGCCGGAUGGAGACACAAUCGAGAUCAUCGAAGCGCGACCUUUUUCUGGAGCAACAUCACGCAAACGGUCAACAACGGUGGCAGGGAACGAUGAAACCGAAGGGCGAGCAAAGAGCAAAAGGUUACGAGCAAGAGAAUCAAUGGCUGACCCAAAUGCUCAAGAGGAGGAUGCGGCCCACGAGGAUCCCCAGUACUUCUUGGACCAACUCGCCAUGUUCGAGCAGGCGGAUCAGGCUACAUUCGACGUGGCGAAUUCCCUUCUAAACAAACUAGGUAUGAAGCUAUACCUGUCAACAGAACAAGCCAAACAAGCUUUCUGGACAGGUACCGAUGAGAAAGCGAACGGGAAAGGUUUUGAGAGUAUCCAGAAGGACCUGACCUUGGUUUCGGAUCUCCGCUUGAUUUUGAUGAACUGGUCCGAUGACAAGGGUCACGCCAUCAUCAAUGGUCACGGUAACCAGGAUUUUACUGAGAAAGCCAACGGCAUGUCUUUGUUUCUUCAACAUCUCAAACCUACCAAUCCGAAGGAGAUCGAGCGACCCAGGAGCUUCGACAAAGUUGUUUUGACUUCCCUGGCUAAUACAAUCAAUUCCGAGCCAACGAACAUCUACGAAGCGGCAAGCUCCUGGUUGUCUUCAGUCCUCACUGGGUCGAAUGGUAUGGGCAAGUCAUGUCCAUCGCCCUAUCUAAGUGACAAGUGGACCACAGAUAUGAAGUACUUGGUGGGUGAGUUGGCGCGCAAAAUGGAGGAAUAUCUGUGGCAGCUUUUGCACCAGCGCCUCUACUCCCUAUCCAAAUCGAGCGACGACCUGGUCGACGGAAUCGCCCCAGAUGUCCAUUCUGUCGUUGAAUUUGUCGAGACACUAUUCGAGAUAUUUCUGGAUGCGGCAGCUGCAGCUUUCGAUCUAGGCGGAGAAUUUGAUCACGCGAGUCACGACCGCCUGCAGAGAUGGUCCAGUCUGGCGAGCGAGUUCAUCCAGCUCUAUUUGCGCUCUCCGGCUCUAGGGCUGAAUGACCCUCUAAUUCUCCGCUUUACCUGGGCGUCAAUUGCCCAGGCCAGACUGGACGACAAUGUCACUAAGGAUCACAUUGUAUCGUUGCUUGAAGAGCUGAAGGCACUCCUGAAAAAGAUUGAGGCCGACUCGAUCUUUUUACCAAAUAAUAGUGCAAUGGCUGUAAUCUCUGUGGCGGCGAUUGAUCGAGAGCUAUCCGCUCUCAGUACGCGCGAUUUCUUCACGAGCAUCUUCGACGACGAUAACAGCGACCCUGUGGCAGUGAUCGAGAAAUUGGAACCCAUUUUGGAGUCAACAUCAAAACUUACAAAUGAAAAUCCCGCUUUCCGACACUCGACCCAGGCAGAAGAGCUCAUUCAAUUUCUCGAGUCCGGCGACGCGGCACUCAAACUGUACCUGUGGAGACGCCUUCAGAACGCUUACACGGCGAUUUCAUAUACUCCUAAAGUCGUAUCCUGUCUUCUGCGAGCGAUGGAGACGAUCGUUGAUGAAAUAUCCACUACACGACAUCUCGAACAGGAGCCAACUUUUCGGCAGAUCUCAAUGCUUAAAUGGUUACAUGAUGUGGACGACUUGAUGAUCAGAUUGUUGACAAAAGUUCUCGGUGAUUCGAACCCGUUUGAAUGUGUCGACAGUGACCACCUCCGCUCAUCUUUGCAAGCAGUUGCCACAGUUGUGAAGCUUCUUCAUGGAUUUGUCAUCUAUGAAGACUCAAUACGUGUUGGCCAGUCUGCGGCACCUCAGAUCAAAGGCGCAACCUCGACGAAACUGUACGAGAAAAGCAAGGAUCGCCUCAGAGAAAUGCUUGUCCGCGCAUGGACUCUGCAAUAUACACUAUUGAAGGAAGCGACUAUCCAAGAACCACUAUCUUACCCUCGAGCCGCAGACGACUUGGCGGAGUAUUUAUGUACGGUUCAUAACUCCUUCGGCCUCCGACAAUAUUGCAAACACGCCAACAAGUCCUUUAUAAAGUUGGUCAAAUCGGAGCUGGGAAGCCUUGCCACCCAACAGGACUAUACUGGCGAGAUUGCUCAAAUCUUCUUUGAUCUCUAUCAACUUCGCAUCGCCAAUGGCAUGGGAGAUGUCGACCACGGUUGUCCUCCAGAAAACCUGGACAAGAAGACGGCCUGGUCCUUGAUCCCAAUGAUCAUGAAAUAUGCCGAACGUUUCAGCGUUAAAGACUUGAACAAAAGCGAGCUCAAAGCCACAAUUGAUAAAAUGCAGCAAGCGUUAGGAGUGAUCAAGAGCCCUCCCGCGCUGCAACAAAACAAACGAAUCAUUUCUUCCUACCUCAAGUCGAUUAUCAACGCAAAUGACCUGUACAGGUGCAUCAAAGGUAUUGGUGAUCUCCCUACACGCGUUGUGCAAGCGGAUACGCAGAUUGCGGCAAGGAGCGGCUGGUAUUUCAUGCUCGGGCAUCUUACGCUCUCGAAAUACAAGUCGAUCAAACGAGUCAGUCCAACACCGACCGACGAUUUGGACGUUGCUGCGAGCUUCUUCCGUCAGGACUUGGACCACAACAUUGAGAAAUGGGAAACCUGGUACCGUUUGGCUCAGGUCUAUGAGGCCAAGAUUGAGGACGACCUGAUCUGGAAUUCUACCAAACUCAACGAAUCAAGGGCAGAUAUUGCUCUGCUCGAGCGACAGGCGAUUCACAGCUAUAUCAUGGCGACUGCAGUAGCCUUGCGAUCUGCUGACGACCGACCCGAGACCGUAGAGAAGGUUGAGGACAUGCUCACGGAAUUUGCCACACGCUUGUAUGCAUCUUCUCGCCCUCCGCUGAGUAUGGAAGCUUUUAGAACCGACAAACACAUACGACACAUGAGCAGCGUCGUCGACAUGAAAAUGUCCAAGCAACCAUAUCACCAACCAGUGGGAGAGUAUGCUCUGUGGCAUUUCGCAGCGUAUCUCCUCGAAAUGAAGCUCACAGAUCGGCCCAAACCAUGGACAUCCCACUACACACGCGCGAAGUGUCUGUGGAAAAUGUUUCGAAGCCGUGAAAACCGAGGUCGUGUCUCCUCGGAAGCUGUUCUUGAGGCCAUCAUCGAAGCCAUUGAGGCGCUUCCUAAGAAGGAGAAGAACCAUGAGCCGAUCUUGGAACCCCACUUCAAACUGGUAUCGAUUGUCCACAAGAUGGUGUGCAGCCGAGAGAUCUCGCAUGCCCAAGCCUACCAGUACCUACAGUCAUCGCGCUAUUCGCAAGGUGUGCCUUUGCCGGAAGAUGAACAAGGAGUCGACUGGGUGCCCUACAUGCUGGAAAUCUUGAAGAAACUUGGACACGCGGACAAGUCCAAUUGGCAUCAUCGAAUCACAGACCGCGCGGCCCACGUAAUAUAUGAUGAAGAACCGAAUUUCACUGGGGCACUUGGUGCGAAGCAUCAGUUCACGCAACAGAUAUUCACAAAGACCAUGACGAUGCAGGUCUGGAAGCCUGAAUAUGAGCGACCAGGGCGUCAUUAUGUCUAUACUGGACGAUACAUUUCUUUCUUUGUGCACAUUCUGGAGCAGCUCAACGACCGCGCCAACCUGGACGCGCUCGUUCGCCGUAUUCGCAGGAAGACUACGGACUUUCUCGAUCACACCAAGAUCUGGGAGGAAGUGGCCACAAUCUACGUGCGGCUGUUGAGACGACUUGGCAAGAUACCUGAAGGCCGAGAACGGGCAUUAUUCGAUGGCAUGAACCAUGAAGAAUUCACGAAGAAGUCGGAGAUGAUGGAGAAAUGGGCUCAUGAUCCUGACACAACCUCUGUGUAUUUGGACAUUAUGCGAGACGCGAUUGACUUGAAACGCCUCAACAACAGUCUGAUGAAAGGCCCUGUGAUUGACGACCUCAUAGGGGAUUCAUAUGCCUGUCUCUACGAAGAAUUCCUCAAGCAAUUACCUCCAGAGGAACAGCCUAAGCCACAGCCUGCAGCGCUUCCACAAGGCACUUUCAUCAACAUGACUACCGAUCUCGCUGCUAGCGGUGACGACAAUGCUGAACGUGCUCGUCUAACGAACAUGCUGCGGGCCCAAGGCGACGGUGCUGCCGAGGGACCACUGGCUGUGUCCAUCUCUACACCUGCAGGUCUUGGACUUCAAAAUUCGCCAACCCCCUUCCCGGUUGCAACGGGUCAACCGGUGCCCGAAGUUCAGCGUGAACGAGGCAGACCUGGACGCACGAAGACAGUGACCCGACGUGAGAUACAGCGCAAAGCGGAGGCUGCCAUACUGAAGCCACCACCCAUUAAGACGCCCAUACUUUCCAAGACACCUAUUGUGGAGUUGCCUUCGAAGGCGGAGCUGGGACUAGAAGCUCCGGUCGACAAACGGCUAGCUGAAACGAAGGACGAAGACAUGGACGGCAGCAGAGCAAGCUCUAGACGGGGCUCUAUCCAGGACAGUGCGGAUGGGGAAGCCGACGCAGAGGAUUCUGGCAGCGAGCUCAGCGAGCUUGACGAGUUGGACGAAGAAAAGAAGCACAUGUUGGAAGAGUACGAGAUAUCCAAGGACCAUGUGGACGACGGAGGUGAAGAAGGGCCAGACGACGCAGUCGACGAGGCAGCUGAAGACAAUGACGGCACAGAAGACGAAGACGAGGAAAUGCACGAUGCAGAGGACGAGAUCGAGAUCCAGGACUCGCAGGAACAAGUCGACAACAUUGAACAAGAAAAUAAGGAUAGUCCUGAUGACGACGACGAACAAGAGUUUCACGAAGCGCGACAGGAAAACAACGACCCAGUGGACUAG